AGAAAAGAAAUUUGUGCAAGUAGCUCCUUCCCGUCAAGCGUGGCUAAUCAAGGCACGAAACGGAAAAUGAGCAGCUCGGAGGAGGUAUCAUGGAUUUCGUGGUUUUGUGGCUUGCGGGGGAACGAAUUUUUCUGCGAGGUUGACGAGGAUUAUAUAAAUGACAAAUUCAACCUAACCGGGCUGAACGAACAAGUUCCCCACUACAGACAAGCAUUGGACAUGAUAUUGGACCUAGAACCAGAUGAUGAUUUGGACGACAAUCCGAACCAAUCAGAUCUUGUGGAGCAAGCCUCCGAAAUACUAUAUGGACUGAUCCACGCACGUUAUAUCUUAACUAACCGAGGCAUUGGUCAAAUGUUAGAGAAAUUCCAAGCAGGUGAUUUUGGGCACUGUCCGCGUGUUUACUGUGAAUGUCAACCUAUGCUUCCUCUAGGUAAGAUAAUAAAGGCAAAUACAUUGUAUGGAUUCAAAAUCCAUCCACUCGCAUACCAGAUCCAGCAGCAGGCGGCUGCUAACUUCAAGGCACCGCUUCGGAGUCUCUCGUACAACAACGAGACGAAGACUACUGGUAACAUUCCAAAAUGAUUAUAUACCCGUCGAGCGCGCUGCCACAAGGGCCAUGCCCGGAGAGUCACGGGAUCCGGCCCACGGCCCACGACUCGCUCUUACCGACUACAACUUUAAUGUAAUUCUAAUGAGUAAUAACUAAUAAUAUUUAUUAAACAAUUAAUUAAUUUACUCCUUAUUUAACAGCAGUUAUGUUUUAAAUUCAAUAAAGUUUAUUUUUAC